AAGCCCGGAUGGAGCAGCCAUUGGGGAAGUGUACAGGGCUUUAACGUAACUGAGGAGGGCUCUGUGGAAUAAAAAAAGAGACAAAGUAAGAGGCGACCGAAGACAGAAAUAUUCAAGAUCUGAAAGGCUCAUUCGGCGACACAUACCGCUAACUUGAAAACCUCCACCGGGACUUGAGUGCUUUCGGACACAGUAUCCGAAGCGACAGACUUGAACUGUGGAAGUUGGGAUACGUCCACACAGCGGAAAAUAUACAGCUGAGCCUGCGCUACAACUGCUAGCCACACGCUAAGAAGCACAACUAGCCACAAAGCUAACUGUAACUGAGCUGUGAACUUGCUUUCAAAUCAGGGUUUGAAAUUCAGUCACAAGCUCAGGCUCUGUGAGAAUCCAGGGACUUGCUUAAUGAAUUAUGUCUGCCACAAGCAUUGACCCUCAGAGAUCAAAGGGACAAGCAUCUAAAGUGCAAAAUGGUUCACUGCAUCAGAAGGAGACUGUCCAUGACAAUGACUUUGAGCCAUACCUUACUGGUCAAUCAACUCAGAACAACAGUUACCAAUCCAUCACCGACCCCUACCUGUCCAGCUACUACGCUCCUUCCAUUGGAUUUCCAUACCCACUCAGUGAGGCUCCCUGGUCCACAGGUGGGGACCCCCCGAUUCCUUACCUCACCCCCUAUGGACCCUUGAGUAAUGGAGACCAUCACUUCAUGCCGGACACAGUGUUUGGCCAGCCAGGGGGCUUGGGAAGCAGUAUCUACCCCCACAGGUUUAACUUUUUCCCUGAAAACCCUGCCUUCUCUGCUUGGGGCACAAGUGGCUCCCAGGGCCAGCAGACUCAAAGUUCAGCCUACGGUGGCAGCUAUAGCUAUCCUCCCAGCUCCCUGGGAGGCACUCUGGUGCCUGAUGGUCAGACAGGCUUUCACAAUGACACCCUGAACAAAGCCCCUGGUAUGAACAGCCUGGAGCAGGGUAUGGUUGGUUUGAAGAUCGGUGGGGAUGUCACUGGUCAGGGGUCAGGAGUCAAGGCUGUAGGAUCUGUGAUUGGUGGACCUGCGGUGGCAGCCACAGGAAAUGGAGCCACACCUAUUGGAAUGCCACCACCUAAACCCACCUCUUGGGCAGCAAUUGCCAGCAAACCUGCUAAACCACAGCAGCUGAAAGCUAAGGUGAAGCCAGGAAUGCCCAAUCCAGGGGGAGCUCUCCCCCCACCACCUAUCAAACACAACAUGAACAUUGGGACCUGGGACAAGGGCCCUGUGACUAAAGUAGCCACAGCUCCACUGCAGCAACAGCAGCCUCUUGGCUUGCCUCAUGCCAUGCCACCUCAAGCCCCCAUGCAGCAAGGACCCAUGCAGCCCCCCCCUCCCCAGUCUUUGGUGCAGCCCCAGAUGCAGCCUAUGGCCUUACAGCCCCAGCCUCCCCAUCACCAGCACCAUCAGCCACCACCACAGCCCUACCAAAACCACACCCAGCCCCCACAACCCCAGACCCGCUGGGUUGCCCCACGCAACCGAAACCAAGGCUAUGGGCAGGGUGGUCCUGGCCAUGAUGGUAGUGGGGUGAUGGGUGUGGUUGGUAGUGGGAACAACGGCCCCCAAACAUCUGCCAGCCAGGGACCUGGUGUAGAGUCCCACCCAGUGCUGGAAAAGCUGCGUGCCUCCCAUAGCUACAACCCCAAGGACUUUGAAUGGAACCUGAAGAACGGUCGUGUUUUCAUCAUCAAGAGCUACUCCGAGGAUGAUAUUCAUCGCUCCAUCAAGUACUCCAUCUGGUGCAGCACGGAGCAUGGCAACAAGCGGCUGGACUCAGCGUUCCGGGCCAUGAAUGGUAAAGGUCCCGUGUACCUGCUGUUCAGUGUCAAUGGCAGUGGUCAUUUCUGCGGUGUGGCAGAAAUGCGUUCGCCAGUGGACUAUGGGACCAGUGCUGGCGUUUGGGCACAGGACAAGUGGAAGGGCAAGUUUGAUGUGGACUGGUUGUUUGUUAAGGAUGUGCCUAAUAGCCAGCUGCGCCACAUCCGCCUGGAGAACAACGACAACAAGCCAGUGACCAACUCCCGUGACACCCAGGAGGUUCCUCUGGAGAAGGCCAAACAGGUGCUCAAGAUCAUCGCCACCUACAAACACACCACCUCCAUCUUUGAUGAUUUCUCCCAUUAUGAGAAGAGGCAGGAGGAAGAGGAGGAGGUGCGCAAGACUUUUGAACCUGCUCAGAUACAGAACCGCUCUCGGUUGGAUCAGGAGCGCCAAAACAGGAAUAAACAAUAGAAGACAUUUAUCCUUGGCUUGAUCAACAGUUACACUAGGACUUGAUUUAAGAGACAGAAGAAUAUGAAAAUGCAACCAAGCCCUUCAUUUUUUUUUUCUAUUUAAUCCUGGUGAAUCUCUGCCAUUGUCGAGACUUGUGCUUUUUUUGCCCCAUGUACCACCACUUCUUGUGCAGGGAUAACAAGCUGAUUUAAUGUAUUACCUAGCCACCACCACAGUCUUUAGUUAUUUUUUUUCUUUUGAGUAUAUUUUUCCUCCCGUUCCAUCACGUACUCUUCUCUCACCAGACUGGUUUUCUCUCUCUUGCCCCCAUCCCCUCCUCUUUCCAACUGAAUCAGGGUUUGACUGCACCAUGGAGAAAAAAUCUGCCACUUUAUAUUUCAGUACAAUCAGGAACGGAUGUGUCCUGCCCCUAUUUGUCCAUUUGGGGGCAACAUUGCCAUGCUUCAGAGGUUUAACUGUGCCAACAGGGUUGGAGGAUCCCAAAGGCAAUGUUGGACUUGGAACUGUGCGAUAAUAAAACUUCAAUGGUUUAUCUAUUUUUCAUUCAAAUCGACAAAAUCUCUAUUUUUUGGCUUACUACUGACAGUUUUCAUUUCAGAAACCUGUUUUCUGGAGCCUUAAUGUUUUUUUUCUAAUUAUCGAUGACUUCUCAAAAGAACUGCUCAAACAGUGACACUGCUGGAGAAAUCAGGGAUAGUGUGAAGUCACACGGGACUCGAGACAUUUCAGAGGAGGAAUUGCAAUGGCCUCUGGGAAAGAAAUAAUGGAUGUGUCCUCCACAACCAGAACUCUCACCAUUUAAAUCAAAAAUUGUACUAUUGACAUCUUUCACACCCCUUUGCUUUGCAUUCUUUGAUGUCUGUCUUGAAGGGAUCUUUUUGUAUGUUUCAUCAGGAGAUUCUGCUUGUGUACACAACCCAGUCUGAGAGAAUUGUCGCAUCCACCAUUUUAAAUUGCUUUAUCAGAAUUAUGUAAUGAUGUAACUGCUACAUUGAACUGUUGCUAUUGCAUUUUUGUUCUGCGAAAAGGGGGAGGGUUCACGUAAUUGUCCAUUCACCGUCAUUCUGUCUUAAUCCUCUGUUUUGGUUUUUUUUUUUGUUUUUUUUUUUUCCUCAAAUUUGGUUUUGCUAAGUCUAUCAUGUUGGUCGUAAUGCUAAGCUUUAACGUAGGAGCCUAUAUAUUCAUGGAGAAAGCCUAAAAAUGUAUAACCUAAAAAUUAAUGUAACUGAUUUACUAUCGAGUAAGAAAAAAAUAAGAAUGAAAUGUGGUUUCUGUGUGUUUUUUGGUUGUUGCAACUAUAGUUUGUUCUAGACUGAAACCAUUGAUUAUGAUAAAGUAAAGUACUUUGAGGUACAGAAAAAAAAGAUUGGAUAUUAAAAAAAAUGAAAUCAUUAAUAGAAGUGUGUGCCCAUGCAUGGCAAGCUGCAAUAUAGUAAGUCUGCAGGAGAUGUUAAAACUAUUACCCUCCCUGCAGCUUGUCUUUAGGGUCAAGGUGCUGUUUUUAGUCAACAGUUUUUAAGAAAAAAAAACCAACAACAAUGUGCCCCUGUUCUCAUGUCAUUCAGGCAAGAAUGUCAAAGCCAGAAUGCAGAUUAUUUGUUUGCGAGAUCAGCGUUUGGGAUCAGCAGGUUUUCUCUUGACUAGUUUGAAUUUGUUGCUUCAGUGUUUUGUGGAUUGCAAGGUUACAAAUGAUGCAGAGAGGAAUGCUGCUAACAGAUAUGGCUGCCUCUUUCGUUUGAAGGGAUCUUUUCUCAGUUGUGUAUUUGUGUUAAUCUGAUGUAGCCUCAUGGUAACUGAAUUCAAUUUUCAGAUUCCACUUCUCAAUUUUCUGUUUGAAAUAUUUGAUCUGAAACGGAUAAUGUUGUUGGUUGCACCUGUUUAGGUUAAUGUGGCCUGGACAGUAAACUGUGUGCAUUUUCAGAUUAGGUAAUUUAUGUGCUGUUUGAUCUGUCUUGUUUCUGUGGGAACCUUACCCCAUUCUACUAUUGAGAUGGCAGGAGUGGUGCACUUUGAUGAAGUAACUCGUGUGUGAACUGUGUCCUUCACAGCAGUAUUUCCAGAUGUGUGAAGCUCUGUUAUUUUUACCUGGCCAGUGUACCCACCUGCUGUCUAGAGAACUGACCUCUAACAGUAGCCUUUCCUUCUUCUUCUUCUCCGUUUCACCUGCACUAAUUAAUAGCUAGGAUAUCCAAGCAAUACGGUGAACGCCCUUCACAUGUUUGCCUUCACCAUCGCCACUCUCUCCGUGCAGCGUAGAGUCGGGGGUGGGUGAGAAGCUAAAGGAUGCCAUCGAAGGCUUUGUCGCAGCCGUCUUAGCCUCAGGAAGCUGGUUGUGAUUGUAGUACAGGGCUAACUUGCACGUUAACUGUCUGAAGAUGUUUGCUGAAAGAGGGAUGUCAGGAUAGCCACGGAAGUAUAUUUAUCAACACUAGAAAAGGAGAAAUGACAUGAGAUACUAAAUCGACAUUGGUUAUCUUAUAGACCACAGCUGUAGUGGAUAUACCUUGUUCAAAAGAUCUAUCUUGGUUUUUCUUUAUAGAAGAAAUCAAGCCUUAAUAAACUGUCCAUUCAGAAAUUA